UGGAUGGCUGAGAUUCAUCGUGUCCUUGGAAACAACGAAAUCAACAACAUCAUCAACUAUUGCAUUUCGUGACGCGCCAAAAAAAGAAAUAAACAUAGUGUGUAAGUGUGUCACUAAACUAUUCUCCGUAUAUAUAAAACAAAUAACUUGUUAGUGAAAAUUUGCAAACAGUGUCUAUGUUUGUGUAUCCUGAUCAAUAGUUACUACUACUUGGCAUCUUCAACACUAUCAACCACCACCCAAUCCGUCAAAAAAAAUAUUGCCAAAAAAUCUUCAUUUCAUUUUCAUUAGUUUCAACUUGUCUUCAUUGUUGCCUAUCAAAUUGUUUGUUCGGUUCGAGGAUUUUUUUUUCAUUAUCUUUUUGUUUUGUUUGUUUAUGAAUCAUACGAUUUUUAUAUUGUAUCAGAUAUCGAUUCCUGACAUAAUUUCAAUAAAACAUAAUUAUGCCUUCAUCUAAACAUCUUAACUAUUAUGGCUUUUUGGGCCUAUUUGUUUGUCUAGCUACAGCAGCCAGUUUUUUCAUCCUUAAAAAUGCUGAUUGCAACAUUGGCAGUGGCCAGAAUUAUGAUAAAUUAUCACCCAUACAAAUAGCUGGUAUCAUAACCGGUGGUAUACUUUUCAUUUUGGCCUUCUUCAACAUCGCCAAUGUUCUCUAUGAUAUAAAAAUCGUUUUCUUUUUGGUGGUGAUCGCCAUUUUGGGUGUAGCCGGUGUUAUGUUCUGGGGAGCAUAUAUUGCUUUUAGUGAACCAUGCAAAGGCUUAAUUGGAUUCAAUACAUCUUUGUUUUCAAAGAAUGCAUUCGAAGCUGAAGAUGGUAAUAAUAUUGCUGUCAUGUUUUUGGACAUUAUUGCCGGUUUAAUGUUAUGUUCGGUGGGUUUCACAUUUGCUAAACGGCUAUAGAAUUGAAAAAAUCAAUGUUGGCUAUACGAUUG